CCUGAAAACAUCGCGAACGCGUCUAAAAGUAUCUUAAAGAUACUUUUUAAUUGACUUGCAUCUUAUACGGCGCGGAAGUGAAGUCUUCAACGUAUACGUAAAUUUGGAUUAAAAUAUUUUUUGCGGAUACAACAUUUUUUAUAAUUAUAUUGAAGAUGUCGCAUUAUCGUUUGACGAAGGAGUUGCCCAGAUUGUUACUGCUGCUUCUGGUUUCCUUUCAAUCUUUGACGGCUGAUCCCGUUGGUUAUUACUACGAUCGACCCACGCGACCUUCGGGACCCUCAGCUCCCUCAGGACCAGGCACAUCUGUUUAUACGGGCCAUCACUUUGCUCCUCUGCCCACUGUGCAGCCACUGCCUCCGGUUCCUGCGUUGCCUGCGCUGCCGACAGCACGUGGUCCGCUGCCCAGGAUUCGUCCAGCUGGCAGCAUCCUGAGUCGUUAUCUGCCUCCCAGUGCACCAACUCCUCCGGCCAGCUCCAUUGUGAGCACCUACUUGCCUCCAUCCUUCGCCUCGCCCAUUGCGUCGAUCAGUUAUCAUGGUGCUCCUGCUCCUGCUUCUCCUCAGAUCCUCCAGCAGCCCAUCCAUGUGCCAAGUGCUCCGGCAGCAGCUCAGCCACUGCGCAUUCCAUACGGAAAGCAGGCCCUGAUCUCGCCGGGGGAAUCUUACGUUGCCAAUGGACGCCAGUUGAAGCAAUAUGCUGUUAUCGAGAUCAUUGAUAACGAUAUCGAUGACAAUCCUGCCCCAUUCCUAAGCUCCAACUUCUUUGAUCGCUAUCGGGCGCAUGUGGGCGCAACGGGAACGGGAGCCGCAGGAUCUGGCCUCCAGUUGGACUCACGUGCCAAUGCCUUAGUCCUGGAGCAGCAGGCUCUGAGUGUUCAGCCACGUUUCCAGAGUCAGGGCCAGAACGAUGCCAUCGCCUUGGGAUCGGGAGGAUUGGGUUACAUCCGCCUGCCCAAUGGCAAUGUCUACCUGGGAUCGGGUUCCCUUGGCUAUAUCAGUGGCCAGCAGAGAGUCGCCUCCGUUUUGGAUGCGCGCACCCGUUCCGAGGCCACCUCAGAUGCUCUGCAUUUUGGCCAUGGCCCAUUGGGCGGCGCUGAUAACUUUUUGCGAUUUAAGUGAGCUUGGGGAGCGUGGAAGCGUUUUUUGUUCAAUACAUAUUUUAUUGUAAAUAUUUAAAUAAUAAUCAAACUUCAUCUUGUAGUUUUUAAGCUCUCUGUACGCCGUUUUACACUUUACGUAUGUAAUUGCAAGCAUUUUGUAUGUUUUCCUAUGCGCACCGCUGAAAGUUGACAAAAAUAAACACACCAAUAACGGAAA